AUGCCUGGUGAAAGGGAAAAGCAGCCGUCCGCGGCCGCCGUCUCGCCAUGUGGCGGCAGCGAUCAGGAGCAGACGAGAACCAACUCCUCGUCGACCACCGCGAUUCUCCAAAACCCUCUCGAGACCAUGAGCAACGACGAGGUUGUCGCCGAUGCCGAUCGAUUUGUCGAGGAAAAUGGGCUCGUCGAGCACCGCCAACUUUUUCGCCGGGGCUGUCUUGCGGCCAAGACCCAGAACAUACCAGACGGAUUUGAAGGGCUCGUUGAACUCACCGAAGCGGACAAGGCUAUUCUACGAUUCGAGAUCAAGCAUCAAUGGAAGUCGUCGCCUCGCAAGCUGUACCUCCUGUGCGCGCUCUGUGCCGGCUGCGCCAUUGUUCAGGGAAUGGACCAGACCGUCAUCAACGGAGCCCAGUCCUUCUACUUUGAAGAGUUUGGCAUCACAGACAAGCUGAUGCAGGGCUUCGUCAACGGCUCACCGUACGCUGCCGCGGCCCUCCUCGGCUGCUGGCUCAAUGCGCCGCUCAACGACCGAUGGGGCCGCCGCGGAACGAUUGCCGUCUCGUGCUUCCUCGCCUUUGUCACUGCCAUUUGGCAGGCCGUGUCCAAACACUGGAUCUCUUUUCUCGUGGCACGAUUGAUCCUCGGUCUCGCCGUCGGCGCCAAGUCCAGCACCACUCCCGUCUACGCCGCCGAGAGCUCCCCCAAGUCCAUUCGCGGGGCUCUGACCAUGAUGUGGCAGAUGUGGACGGCUUUCGGAAUCAUGCUGGGCUUCGUCGUCUCCCUUGUAUUCCAAAAGGCUGACUUUCUAGGCCCCCACUCUCAGUGGCGAUGGAUGAUCGGAAUCACGGCCCUGCCGCCGAUGAUAGGCGACUUCAAGAGAGCCUUUGACUCGCUGAAAUUGCUUCGAAAGCACGACAUUCAAGCCGCCCGCGACAUGUACCUUGCGUACAAGUUGCUUCGACCGAGCGAGGGACAGAAGGGCGGAUGGCAGCUGUUCAAAGAGUUCUUUACAAUCCGCCGUAACCGCCGCGCGGCCCAAAGCGCCUGGUUCUGCAUGUUCAUGCAACAGUUUUGCGGAGUCAAUGUUAUCGCCUAUUACAGCACCAAGAUCUUCAUCGACGCCGGAUACUCUCACGAAAGCGCCCUCCUUGUCUCGUUUGGCAGCGGCGUCUGCAACUUCCUCGGGGCAAUACCCGCAAUUUUCACCAUCGAUCGUUGUGGACGUCGCCGGCUGCUCCUCGUCACGUUUCCCAUCAUGGCCCUUUUACUGUUCUGGACUGGUUCGAGCUUCUUGAUUCCAGACAAGAACCAGCGUCUGGCGAUGGUGGCGGCAAGCCUUUACCUCUUCAUGAUCCUGUACUCUCCUGGCCUCGGCCCUGUGCCCUUCACGUAUAGCGCCGAAGCGUUUCCUCUACACAUUCGCGCCGUCGGCAUGUCCUCCGCCACGGCCAUCACCUGGGCCUUCAACUUCCUCAUCAGCUUUACUUGGCCCGAGAUGAUGGACAAGUUCACGGCGACAGGGGGCUUCUAUUGGUAUGCCACGUGGAACAUCUUUGGGUUUGUCUUUGCCUACUUCCUCGUCCCCGAGACGAAGAACAUGACGCUGGAGGAAUUGGACGGCGUCUUCAGCGUCCGGAACCGCGACCACGCCCGUUACUAUGCACAGAAGCUGCGGCGACUCUGGAAGAAGAUGCGCGGCCAGGACACGGAGCCCAUACGGCCUCUGUAUGCGUUCCAUGCGUCCUCGGCCCAGUCGGUGGUCAAGGACACUGGUUCGUCCCAGGCCAAGGAUACUUAA